AUGGUGCAGGGCAAGGCGGAGAGUGUGUCCCUUGUUGCGGGCAGCAGUGAUGUGGGACGUCUGGUAGCAAACAGUGCCGCAAGUGUAGGCACAGGCUCUCUCUUCAAGCACAGGGGCAGCCUCUACCUCGGUCGAGACCGGUGCAGCAGACACGGCGACCACCGAGAGAAUGGUAACGAGGGCGGAGAGGAACUGAAAUGAUUAGUCUCAACAGAAAGGAUGCUGGGUGUCCAGUGACUUACCUGAACCAUUUUGACCGAUGAAAACUAUGUACAAAUGCAAGCUCGGGCUCGUGGG